UUUCAUAAUUUAUUUCACAUCUGAACUCGGCACUGAACAUAACGAAAUAUGCGCAAAAUAAUAAAUAAAAAACACUGGAGAUGGAACAAGCAAAAAUCAAGUCACGAUUAACAAAAACAAACCAGCUAAAACACGAGAGAUUAACAUGGUCAGAUUAAAAAAUAAAGUCAGAAAAAGGAGCUCACGGAUCAAAACCAUAAAUCAUGCUCAUUAUAUCCGAACCGGAUUAUUUUUUACCGAAGGAAAUGUUCAAAAAAGCAUCAAAAGGCUAUAGGGAAGCGCCAUUUUGUGAGGGUACCGUCGAUCGGGGCGGAAAAACAGUAAGGUGGCGACCAAUAGAAUCAGUCGCUUUCAAAAGGCGUUCUAAAAUCCAACCAAUAAGCGAAAAGGUCGAUCCACUCAUGCGCUCUGGCGUCGAUCCAUAGAAUUAUAGAUAUAGCACGGCAGUGUGGGCUUGGCCGCUGCCGCGACAGGACGCGCAUGUCCGUACAAAAACAUUUUUGUAAAAAAAAAUAUGUCGAAGUGCCUCAAAAAUUAAAACUAGUGAAUACUAUUUUGGUGUAUUAAGUUAUUUCAACCUUAGUGUUUGGUCUUUUUAAGUGUCCACCUGACAAUAAUAGCGCUUAACUAUAGUCUUAUAAGGCGUCAAGAUUGCUAAGAAGAAGGUAAAACGUUGUCGCACGGAGUUGGCGGUGAGCGAGGGCGUGAUGGUGAUGGCAAGCGGCGGCGGCGGGCUGGUGCAGUCCCCGCCCGACAUGCUGCAUCACCACAACCUCAUGGACACCUCAAGCCACGUAGAGAUGAUGCCCAAAAAGCUCCGGCUGUCGUUAUGCGUCGGGUGCGGCGGGCAGAUCCACGACCAGUACAUCCUCAGGGUGGCACCCGACCUGGAGUGGCACGCCGCCUGCCUCAAGUGCCAGGAGUGCCGCCAGUUCCUCGACGAGAGCUGCACGUGCUUCGUCAGGGACGGGAAGACCUACUGCAAGCGGGACUAUACUAGGUUAUUCGGUACAAAGUGCGACAAGUGCGGGUCGUCUUUUAGCAAGAACGACUUCGUAAUGCGAGCCAAGACGAAAAUCUACCACAUCGACUGCUUUCGCUGUUGCGCCUGCGCGAGGCAACUAAUACCUGGAGACGAAUUCGCGUUGAGAGAAGGCGGUGCUUUAUAUUGUAGAGAAGACCACGAUGUUUUAGAAAAGACUGCCAACACGAGCAGCGGCAGCGGCGCCGAGAGCAACAACAACACCACCCUUAGCAACAACAACUCACACCAUCCGCACGAAUUGGGCUCUAUGUCUGAUUCUGGCAGUGAGUCAGGGUCCCACAAAAGCGGCAGGGCGCGGACUACCGCUGCAGCAGAUGGAAAACCGACGAGAGUUCGCACUGUACUUAAUGAAAAACAACUACAUACGCUUAGAACUUGUUACGCGGCUAACCCACGCCCCGAUGCUCUGAUGAAGGAACAGUUAGUGGAAAUGACUGGACUCAGUCCCAGAGUUAUAAGAGUCUGGUUCCAGAACAAGCGUUGUAAAGAUAAGAAAAAAACUAUACAGUUGAAAAUGCAGAUGCAGCAGGAGAAGGUGGAAGGCCGCCGCAUGGGGUACAUGUCGAUGGGCGUACCGCUCGUAGCGGGCUCGCCGGUGCGGCACGAGCCGGCGGGCAGCCUGGCGCUGGAGGUGACGGCGUAUCAGCCGCCCUGGAAAGCGUUGUCGGACUUCGCACUACACGCGGACUUAGAUCGCGCGCCGCAUCACAGCGCGGCUUUUCAGCAGCUUGUAAACCAGAUGCAUGGUUACGACGUACCAUCGCUGCCCCCUCCACGGCCGCCUCACAGUGAAGACAACUACGUGACCUACCUCGAGAGUGAUGACAGCUUGCCGCCUUCACCCUAGUGCUCCCUAACGUAAUGGCCGCAAGGCCCGAAAAUCAGUGCUGUCUGACUGAAAAUAAACAGUGCGUUGUACAGGAAAAAUAUUCGCAAAUAGCAUGACAUUAGAUUAAAUGUUAACGGCGCCGAUCAAGCAUUCGUUGGAUACCUAUCACUGUGUUUUCACUUCAGUCAGGCUUAAAUUUCAAUGGACUUUAAAAUUGGAAUACACAAGAAAUCAUACAAUUAGCGUUAAAUUUUCGUCUUUUUUUAUGGAAAUUGAAUGUAGGGGAUAGUGCAAGAUUAAUGAUGUACCUAUUCAUUUUUAUAUUCGUGGUUUGAUAAGUUAUUGAUUUUAAAA